CAGUUGGAUAGAGAAGACCAAAAAACUUUCAAAAGUUAAUAGAAAAAACCUAUGGCAUUAACAUACGGAUCCGUGGGUUAGAAAGUCCUGCGGGUCCUACCGAUUGGCGGGAAAAGGGCGCGGGAUUGAGGCACCGAAAUUCUCAAGGUCAAGAUCACGAGAUUUAAGGGUAUUCACUUUUCAUAAGGAGUCCUAAGAAUUCGUGAGCCCAAAGAAUAUGACCCACAGCCUCGAUUUGUCGGAACAACAAGCCCUUCUUGACAAAAGGAACCUACAAGGAAGUCGUUAUGAAAGCCCAUACUACAGUGGUAGUGAAGUAACUAUGCUUAAUCAGCCAGGUGCAACAAGUGAUUUAGACACUACCUCCAGUGCUGGUGUGUUUAAAUCUCGUUCAGUGAUCCAACGACCGGGUGAGAAUCAUUACGCGGAGGGUUUACCUAUUUGGAGAGCAGCUCUUUUGGUGGUAAAUUCAGCUCUUGGUGCUGGAAUUUUGAAUUUUCCCCAAGCAUAUGCGCAAUGUGGAGGCAUUACCACCGCUCUUACUGCUCAAAUGUCUUUAUUGGUGUUUAUUACUGGAGCAUUCCUGAUCCUAGCAUAUUGUGCCGAAAAUCAUGGCUCUCAGAAUUUUCAAGAGAUAAUCCGUGAAGUACUUGGUCCAGGGGCAUACAUUUUAACACAGAUAGUCAUUAUGUUAUACAUGUAUGGUUCUACUGUGGCAUAUAUGAUUUUGAUUGGUGAUCAACUGGAGAAAGUUGGAGAAGCUAUUGACUCUACUCCUGGCUGGUAUUUAAGUCGCGAAUUUCUCAUGUGUGCGAUGUGCAUUCUCUUUCUCUUACCACUGUGUCUUCCAAAAACUUUGAAAGUUCUUAGUUAUUCAAGUGCUCUUGGAACAGUUGGGGCGCUUUUUGUUUGCAUAGUAACUGCAAUAAAAUACUUUGAUGGGCAUCACAUUGAUAGUAAAGACUAUGAAGAGAUUGAGGAAUCUUGGAAUUGGACUCAGGCUUUUGCUGCUAUUCCAAUAAUUUGCUUUGGUUUUCAGUGUCAUGUCCCUUCAGUGGCUGUCUAUGCAGAACUAAAAAGAGCAAGUGUACCCAGAUUUGGCAUUGUUGUUGUCAUAGCAAUGGCAAUUUGUACUACAGCCUAUACCAUUACGGCAUCAUUUGGCUACUUAACAUUUGGCACAUCAGUUAAAAGUGAUGUUCUUUUAAGUUACCCUUCUAAUGACAUUUUGGUGAAUAUUUCAAGGGUAACAAUAUGCCUCAUAGUUUUAUCAACAGGGGCAUUUGUUGUUUUUUGUGGAAGGAGCUGUUUGGAGGGAUUGUAUUUGGCAGCCUUCAGAAUGCCUCCAACUCUUGCUGAAAUAUAUGAAAAACGGCGAAGAAUCAUACAAACAUUAGUGUGGUUUGGGUCAGCCCUUAUUAUUGCUGUUUAUGUGAAAGACAUACAAAAAGCAAUUGCACUUAUUGGGGGACUGGCUGCACUGUUCAUUUUCUUUUACCCAGGGAUCUGUCUUGUUCAAGAGAUGGUACAAUAUCCAGUUCUUACCAUGAAAAGGAAAUUAUUGAUUCUUCUGGGUCUCUGGUAUGUGGUUGUUGGAGUGUUCUUGUUUGCAGACUCUGAAGUAUUUGCCAUAAUGCAAGACAUAAAAGGAGGAAGUUUGUAUUGAUCAUUCUGUUUAUAAUGACAGACUCAGAUGUCAGUUUCCCAUGGCAUUAAAACAGUAGUGCUGCAAACAAUGAGAGGCGCAAAUGUUGGACAAACCACUAUGGUCUGCCAUGUCAAAGACUCAAAUCAAAAUUGUCGUCUAAUUCUUUUUUUCAAAAAUAAUAUUGUAUAUACUGUGAAACUCUGAAGUCUGUGAGCACUGAAAAUGUUUAUGGAAUGUAAUUGCAUUUAGGAAAACAAGCCAAUCAAAUACAAGAAAAUCUUGAUUGUACAUGAUAGCAUUAAUAUUUAUUAAUGUAUUGUAUGUAGUUUUGUUUGGAUUACUUACAUACCAUCCUGUGAUUGGUUGUAACUCAUAAAACAUUCCAGAGAUAUUUCAGGUAUCAUGGUAUUCUGAGUUUUAUAGUUAUGUUAUAAUUUAAUACAAAUGUAUUUGUCACAAUUGUGAUCUGAAUCAAAUUGUAUAACAUGAGGUCCAAUUACUAAUAAAAUUAGUAUGAAUUAAA